GAAUAAAAUGGAUAGAGUUUUUGAAUCUGGUUACUCACCAUCUAAACAAGACAUUGUGAGAGUUUUCAUACCAACUACUGGUAUACAGGAAUAUGUUUUUGAACAGGAAGGCCAUUUGUUCAGAAUUACAGAAAUGGGAGGCUUCAACUUGCACACGUUCCGUUGUAGAAAACUUUUGUUUCAGUUUAUACAAACUAUUCAUGGAAUAUUUUAUGUAGCAGAUAUAAGUGUGUUUGAGAAAACAGUGGAGGGUUCAGACGCUGAAAAUGAAGUUGUAGAGGCAGUGAAUUUGUUUAAAUUAGUGGUGUUACACCCAUGGGUAUCUAGAACAAAUGUUGUAUUGUUUCUGAACAAGAUUGACCUUUUCAAAGAAAAACUUAUAAAGUACAACAUUCAUGACCACUUUCCGGAAUAUACUGGACCCGACAAUGAUGUAGAGGCUGGUUGUCAUUUCAUGAAGAAUUUGUUUCUUGCCGUACAAGCCGAGGAAAAUAGACCAAUAUAUCCCCAUUUCACAUGCGCCAUUGAUACACUGGGGAUGAAACGUGUGUUUGAUAACAUUAUUCAAUACACAAUACAAUCAAAUAAUAUAAAGAAACACAAAUUACUGUGAUCACUUGAAAAGAAAAAGUGAUUCAAUUAAUAAACUUAAGUACACUGGGAAUCAAAGGACACUGGGAACCAAAGGACACUGGGAACCAAAGAACACUGGGAACAAAAGUACACUAGGAACCAAAGGACACUGAGAACAAAAGUACGCAGGGAACCAAAGGACACUGAGAACCAAAGAACACUGGGAACCAAAGUACACUGGGAACCAAAGGACACUGAGAACCAAAGUACAAAGGGAACCCAAGGGCUCUGGGAACCAAAGUACACUGGGAACCAAAGGACACUGGGAACAAAAGUACACUGGGAACCAGAGCUGCAUCAGUACUAAGGGUGUAGUACUUAAGUACCAGUACCAGUACUUGGUAAAUUAUGCAGUACCAUUACCAGUACCAGUACUAGAUUUUAGCUCGGUACUGCAGUACCAGUACUUUCUUUGGUGAAGUAAUUAAGUAUCUGUACCAUUACUUUUAUAUAUUCAUCAAAGUUUGAAUAAAUACAGUGUCAAACAAAUAAUUGUAAUUAUUAUUCAGCAAAGAAAUAAAAUCAUAAUUUACUUUAAAGCUGCAUGCCUCCAGAUGACCCAAAAUAUUUCAAGAAAAUUAAACUUGGAAAAAAAUUACUAAAACUUUGAGAAAAGUAAACAAAUUAAAGAUUCAAGUGAUAAUUUAUAUCUUAUGUGCAAUUAAUGACUGUAUAUUGUAGUAUUUAUCACCAUAUUUCUACUGCGUUACUAACGCUAUUUAUGCAUGUUUUGACCUCUUUUUGGUACUUUACGUGGAUUUUAAGUGCCGUUUGUUAUGUGUCAAGUACUUUCUUUGUUCAUUUAACAAUAUUUUACCUUUAAAUACAUUUUCAAAAUUUUCAUGAAAAUUAGGAUGAAUCUGGAGGCGUGCUGCUUUAAAGUUAACAUAACAUAUUUACAACUUUAUAGUUUUAACAUACUUUUUACAAACAAUACGAGUUUACAACAUAUAUUCAUGUCAUAUCUAAUUGUUUAGUAACCAGUCAACUGUAUAAAUACAAUGCAAACAUCUUUCAUUUAAAACACAACAGUCCUUUGUUGCCUUUCAUACCUUCACACCUCUGUUCAAUUUAGACCAAAGUAAAUAACAACUUUUUAUGGUGCUAACAAUAUCACUUGAAAUGGUAUUUUUUAGAAUAGAAGAAAUUAAUUAGUGUUUAUUUUGCUCUUUUACUAGAAAAUACAAAGUAAUAAAAGAUUUUAAUAAGGAUAUUUUAGGGUAAAGAGUUUUUGAGUCUGUUUAUCUUAAUUUAAUUUUUAGCUCACCUGUCACAAAGUGACAGGGUGAGCUUUUGUGAUCGCUUUUCGUCCGGCGUCCGUCCGUCCGUCGUCCGUCCGUCCGUAAACUUUUACUUUAAAUGACAUCUCCUCAUAAACCACUAAGCCAAUUUCAUCCAAACUUCACAGGAAUGUUCCUUUGGUGGUCACCUUUAAAAAUUGUUCAAAGAAUUUAAUUCCAUGCAGAACUCUGGUUGCCAUGGCAACCGAAAGAAAAAACUUUAAAUAUCUUCUUUUAAAAAACCCUAAGAGCUAGAGCUUAGAUAUUUGGCAUGGAACAUCUUCUAGUGAGUGUCUACCAAGUUUGUUCAAAUAAAAGCCCUGGGGUCAAAAUUGGCCCCGCCCCAGGGGGUCAUUGAUUUUCCCUAUAUGCAUAUAGUAAAAACUUAAAAAAUCUUCUUUUAAAGAACCCAAAGAGCUAGAGCUAAGAUAUUAGGCAUGAAACAUCUUCUAGUGAGUGUCUACCAAGUUUGUUCAAAUAAAAGCUCUGGGGUCAAAAUUGGCCCCACCCCAGGGGGUCAUUGAUUUUCCCUAUAUGCAUAUAGUAAAAACUUAAAAAAUCUUCUUUUAAAGAACCAUAAGAGCUAGAGCUUAGAUAUUUGGCAUGAAACAUCUUCUAAUGAAUGUCUACCAAGUUUGUUUAAAUAAAAGCCCUGGGGUCAAAAUUGACCCCACCCCAGGGGGUCAUAGGUUUUCCCUAUAUGCAUAUAGUAAAAACUUAAAAAAUCUUCUUUUAAAGAACCCAAAGAGCUAGAGCUAAGAUAUUUAGCAUGAAACAUCUUCUAAUGAGUGUCUACCAAGUUUGUUCAAAUAAAAGCCCUGGGGUCAAAAUUGGCCCCGCCC